AUGUUACCGCCAGGAAGCCGCAGAUCCAAGAUCAGACCACCCCGGAAGUCAUUGGUUAGCUCCUCUUUGGAGAAUUCCUCUGAGCCAUUGGCCGAUUUCGAAAAAUCGUGGCCCAUCUUAGCAAACGCCAUCACCCAGAUCCAGCAAAAAAACGUGUCAAACUUAUCCUAUGAACAGCUCUACCGUAAAGCAUACGUGUUGGUGCUAAGGAAGUUUGGUGCAAAGUUGUAUGACAACGUGGCGGCACUUAUCACCCAGCAUCUUCUCCAAAGACGAGAAUACUUGUUGUCAAUAAAAGAUGGAAUCGAGGAGUUUAUGAAGUCAAUCCUUUUGGAGUGGAAUGAACAUUUGCAGGCCAUGAAAUUUAUCAGCGAUGUCCUAAUGUAUUUGAACAGGGUUUACGUUAAGGAAAACAAAAAGUUGCUCAUCUAUGAUCUCGGGAUUCAACUCUUCAAGGAUCAUAUCAUAAAGCAUGGAAACGACGAGGUCGGCAAAAAAAUUAUAGACAUAAUCAUCACGGAGAUCACCAGGAAUAGAAAUGGUGAAGUCAUCACUUCAAACAUGUACAUCUCCAAACUCAUCAAUAUGCUCCAGUUGUUGAUCGAAACAAGUAAUUCCGAUCUACAUUACGGUGAAUCAUAUUACCAAAGUGUCUUUGAACCCGAAUUCCUUGCCAGUUCAGAAACCUUCUUUUACAAACUUUCUCAAGACUUUGUUAAUUAUACAAAUGGUACUAAGUUUCUUCAUGAGGCAAGCCAAUUCAUUAAAGAUGAAGAAAACAGAGUUAAUUUUUAUCUUCCCUCAUCAACCUAUCCUAAACUCAUAGACUUGAUGAAUAACAUCAUCAUCAAAGACAAAAUUGAUCAAAUUAUCUCCUUACCUUUUGAGUACCAAGGCCUUUCGUUCUGGUUACUGCCAGUCAUUGAUAAUAUCUUCCAAGAAGAAAAUGAGCAGCAUAAGAUUAAUGAGUUAAAAUUGUUGUAUGAGCUUAUUGGAAGGAUAGAUGAUGAGUAUGCAUUAUUGAGAAUGAGAUUGAAGGAGAUAAUAGUCCAACAAGGAAAAAGAAUUCCUGGGUUCGUGAGAAAUAGCCUUGAAGCUGCCAGUGCUUCUACAAAAAAAUCCAGCAGCCCAGCAUCAUUUGCAACGAAGUGGAUCGAUACGGUGUUAGAAUAUCAUAGUCAAAUCAUGAGCAUAUUGAACACUUCGUUCGAUCUGAAUCCGAUGGUCGAAGCAACAAUAAAUUAUGCCAUUAGAGAUUUCAUUAACGAUUCUGGAACAGGCGUGUCCAAGAAGUCAUCAAGUAACCACGUUGACGCUUCCGAAAUGUUAUCUAUUUACAUGGAUUAUCACAUAAAGCAAUUUAGCAAAGCGGUAUCUUCUAAGGAUAGCUCAAAUUCUAAUUCUCCGGACGAUUCUGACGAACUUAUCGCCAAAUCAAUAGCAUUCUUAAGGUCAAUUAAGGAUAAAGAUUCUUUUGAGGCAAACUACGCCAAUCAUUUUGCCAAAAGAUUCUUAAACGCCAAGGGCAAUUCACAGGCCGUCACUUCGAAUAACAAGCUAGGGGUUGAUUUGGAAGAAUUAGUUCUUUCAAAGCUAGUCGAGGAAAUGGGAUCUUCGUCUUUAAGCAAAGUGCUAAGAAUGAAUAAGGAUAUUAAGCUGUCCAGAGAUAUGACAAAUGAUUGGAAGAGAUACAUCAUAAAAAAUCAGAAGACAGAUUUAGUUGAACUUGAUUUGAAGAUUUGUAAUGUUACUGACUGGCCUAAGUCGAUGACUAAAGAUUACAAGUCAUUUUCGAACCCAACAGGAAAUGAACAAUCAUUGAUAUGGUCACGUCAACUUCGUCCGACUAUUAAAGAGUUUGAAGAAUUUUGGUUUGCUGGAAAGAAGAACCACAACAAGUCAUUAUUCUGGAGUCCCAAGUUUGGUUCUAUGGAUUUCAGGAUUACGUAUCCUAGCAGAACUUAUGAGUUCAAUAUGCCAACAUAUGCUGGGUUGAUUAUGCUCUUGUUUGCGCCACAGUCUAGUGACCCGGAGGUGCUGGCCUUUGAUGAGAAAAGGGAGCUUACCUAUGUUGAGAUCCAGGAGCUAACAGGAAUCCCAGAGUCUGAUCUCAAAAGACACUUACAAUCUAUCGCAGUGGCUCCCAGACUGAGAUUAUUGAUUAAGAUUCCCAUGUCAAAAGAGGUGAACUCCAGCGACGUGUUCAAGUUGAAUGAGAAGUUCAAAUCACCCUCUGUGAAAGUGAAGGUGUUGACUGUUUCAGCGUCGUCAUCAGCACCUAAAGAAAAGGUACAGAAGACUGAACAGGAGGAGGAAGCAGAAGAGGUUAAGAAUAAUAUUCAAGAGGGCCGCAAACACGAAGUCAAUGCUGCCAUUGUUCGUAUCAUGAAGUCCAGGCACCUGUUGAAACAUAAUGAAUUAUUCGAGGAGCUUGUCAAACAACUCGCAAGCAGGUUUCAACCACUGAUUCCGCUUAUCAAGCAGAGGAUUGAAGACCUCAUCGAGAAGGAAUAUUUGAAGAGGGACGAGGAAAACAGAAACAUAUACCACUAUGUGGCUUAG